AUGCAAGAGGACUCGUACUCCGACGAAAUAGAACGACUGAAAAAGGACUUGAAGUUACGUCCGAACAGCGCGCUGCGUAAGCUCGACCCACGGAUAGACAACAGAGGCUUACUUACACUACACGGUCGCGUGGGCGUGGCGAGAAUAAGCGAGCAGUCAAAAAACCCGCUAAUAAUGGACGGCCGCCACGCUUUCACCCGGCUACUCGUCGCGCACGCACACAAGGCGGCGAACCACGCCAACCGAGAGCAAGUUGUCAACGACCUGAAACAGAAGUUCUAUAUCACACGUAUACGACCUACAGUACGAGCCGUGGAGCAUUCAUGUCAACUCUGCAAAGUGAAGAAAGCCAGACCGAGACCGCAAGUUCACGGAGACCUGCCCUAUGAAAGACUCGCAGCGCACGCGAGGCCAUUUAGCUACACGGGCCUCGACUUUUUCGGCCCUAUGUACGUGACGGUCGGGCGACAUAAGGAAAAGCGCUGGGGCGCCCUGUUUACGUGUCUCACUACGCGAGCGGUCCAUAUAGAGAUCUCACCGUCGCUAUCUACGGAUUCUGCUAUUAUGUGCCUACGGCGGAUGGCGGCGCGGCGGGGGUGGCCAGUAACAAUCUACAGCGAUAAUGGGACGAACUUUCAUGGCGCGGACGAAGAGCUGCGAGCAGCGCAGCGAGAGUGGGGUCCACAACUCAAGGACUUCGCUCUACUACAACGAACGAACUGGAAAUACAUCGCACCCGGGGCACCGAAUCAAGGUGGAGCAUGGGAGCGGCUAAUACGCUCGGUUAAGACAGCGUUAGUCGCCACACUACACGAGCGCUACCCCAGGGACGAAGUACUCGCCACAUUACUCACGGAGGCAGAGUACACGGUCAACGCACGCCCUCUCACUCACGUGCCUGUUGAGCCAGGAGACAUGGAGGCGCUAACACCGAAUCACUUCCUACUGGGGACUUCCGGCGGCCUACCCACUACCGGGCCGUGCAGGGAGGUAGACAGGAGGACCUGGAGAGCCACGCAGGCGCUGGCUGACGUGUUUUGGCGUCGAUGGCUAACUGAGUACCUACCUACACUCAUACCACGUGGAGGCACACGGAGCGGGCGCGGAGCGGACCUGAAAGUUGGUGACGUCGUGAUUAUCACUGAUCCAGUACUGCCGAGGAACAUCUGGCCACGAGGUGAAGUAAUCCGACUGCAUCAAGGACCCGACGGACUGACCAGAGUCGCUGACGUACGAACGAGAGGAGGGAUAUUCCGCCGACCUCUACGACGUCUCGCCGUCCUCCCGGUGAAAGAAGGCUGCGAAGAUCUACGCCGAGGGGAGGAUGUUACGGACAGCCGAGAAGAGGAGGUCGCGGGGUAA